GGCGUGUUUUCGGGGCUGUUCCGGCUGCGGAGAGCAGCAGGUGGCGAGCGCGCCAGAAGAAAGCGGAGCCCAGGAGGAGGCGGGGUGGAGUGGCCGCAGCCUUUGCUGGGCGGGUGGGGGAGGAGGGCGCCAUGCGUGUCGGCGGGUGAGGCCCCUGUCCCGGCCAUGAAGCGGCAGAACGUGCGGACGCUCUCGCUGAUCGUGUGCGUGUUCUCCUACCUGCUGGUGGGCGCCGCCGUCUUCGACGCGCUCGAGGCCGAGGCCGAGACCGGGCAGCGGCGGCUCCUGGAGCAGAAGCGCGGGGAUCUCCAGCGCAAGUACCGCUUCAGCGCCCAGGACUACCGCGAGUUCGAGCGCCUGGUCCUCCGCAACGAGCCGCACCGCGCCGGCAGGCAGUGGAGGUUCGCCGGCUCCUUCUACUUCGCCAUCACCGUCAUCACCACCAUCGGUUAUGGGCACGCUGCUCCUGGAACUGAUGCUGGCAAAAUCUUCUGCAUGUUCUAUGCAAUCCUGGGCAUCCCCCUGACCUUGGUGAUGUUCCAGAGUCUUGGUGAGCGCAUGAACAUCUUAGUCCGAAUGCUCCUGAAGAAAAUAAAGAGAUGCUUGGGCAUGAGACAACCAGUGGUCUCUAUGAAAAACAUGGUUGUGGUUGGCUUCCUCUCCUGCAUGGGGACACUGUGCCUUGGGGCAGCUGCCUUCUCCCAUUUUGAAGGCUGGACUUUCUUCCAUGCCUUCUAUUAUUGCUUCAUCACGCUGACCACCAUUGGCUUUGGAGACUUUGUAGCCCUGCAGAAACACGAAGCUUUGCAAAAGGAGGCCCCUUACGUCAUCUUCAGCUUCAUGUACAUUCUAGUGGGCUUGACAGUGAUUGGGGCUUUCCUAAACUUGGUUGUCUUUAGGUUUUUGAUCAUGAACUCGGAAGAUGAGAGGCGGGAUGAGGAAGAAAGAGCAUCCUUGAGGAGAGCCAAGAAUUACAUCAACCUGAAACCAACGGAAGAGAGUGACAGGAGCAGGAACGAGAUCCUUCUCCCCAUAGAAGAUAGGAGCAGUCAAAUGAACCUCAUCCCACUGAUCCCAGAAGAUACUGAGAGGCAAAGGGGCAAAUCUUUGGGCUCCAGCACCAGAGUCCCUUCCUUUUGCACAUGUCUUUGUUACAGGCCACGACUGAACCGGAGUCCAGAUCCUCCACACCCAGAAGCUUUCAACGGUCACACCAACCUUGUGUAUUAUAAUUCAGUUUCUUACAAAAUCAUGGAGGUCUCUUUGGGUGGCAAGGACCACACUGGCCUGUCUUCCCCCAGGAGCACGCUGUCAUCCAAUAGUCCCAGCUGUCGGGAAUGCUCCCGACUCCGAAGGAAGUCUAUUUGAAACGUGCAUGCUCUUUUUUGACGUUUUUCCUUUCCUUUUUUUACUCUGAGCUGUGUUAUACUACUGAACUUGUCUUUUGAUGAUAAAUUAUUAACUGAGA